UUAAAUGCCAUUAUUUUUAUUUAUCUUUUGUUUUUCAAAUAAUUGUUUAAUGCUAUACCUUAAUAGUCGCCUAUUGCCUGUGCACUUCUUUGCAAUUGUUUGGAAAUUAAGAAUUAAUACCUUUUUUAGGAAAUACUUGACCAAGAUGCUGGAGACAGUGACUUGUCUCCAUACCAAAAAGAGGCUGAAUGUCCAUCUGUCAAAAUGGUGACUUUAUCUUUGUGUGCUAUCCAUUUGGUGUACUUUUUUAAACAUUGUUUUAGAAGUGACCCCACUCUCUUUCUCUUGUCAGGAUGUGUGGGAGACUUGUGGCAGUGACGUUUUCUGUAGUCCUUUAACAGGCGACUUGGAAUCAAAUUGUGGUUCCACAAGUGAAAAGACUUGGGAGAAGGAAUCCCUUCAAAAUGUACCCCCUUCAACACACAGCAGUGAGGAAGAAAAAUACUUCACAUGUGCUAUGCCAGCUCAGCCCUGUUUCUUUUUUAUAGAACAAAAAGAAUGGCAGGCACUAAGAAAACACCAGUAUGGCCGACUUUUUCAGGGUCUUCAAUGGACCAACAUAAUUGCCAAUGGCAUCAGGUCUGUGCAUCCAUACUGUAGCUUCGGGUUUAAGCGGCACAAUGUCAAAACCCUGCUCUCACAGAAACCAGGACCAGUUUUUACAUGUGUGGGCUACUGCCGGUUUACAGAUUGUCCAGUGAGAGCACAUGUUGAAGUCACUGAUGAGUGCACCCUAAAGGCAACAGUGGUUUUCUCUGGAGGUGAUGUGUGUCAUAACACACAUGAGCUCAAGAGAAGGCCAGUGCAUGCAGAUGCACGUCAGUUCACAGCAGAACUCCUACAAACGAAACUCCCUAGGAGUUUAUACUUAGAGUCUAUGCACAAGCUUCCUCAAAUGGUCAUUGAUUCUGGUUGCAGGGACGAUGCGCCAUCCAAAGACGUGCUGAAAAACAUCACUUGGAGUGAACAAAAAAUAAAACGACCACAUUCUGAUGAAUUCACCAGUUUAAAGAAAAUCAUUGAGCAACCUGGCAUGGACAAUGAUGUUCUACAGAAGGUUUUGAUGCACCCGAAAGGGAUAAUGCUGUGGUCGAGGAAGACACUGUCUGUAUUUUACAAGAGGUCUAAGGAGGAUAUAGUGUAUCUGGAUGCAACAGGGAGUGUGAUUCAAAAAAGUGCACAAAAUCCACCAUAUUAUGUGUAUGAAUUGGUGGUAAGAAAUCAAUCCAGGGGGGCUUCACCUUUACCUGUUGCAAGCUAUGUUACAUGUGACCACACAACAGCAUCUGUCACAUACUUUCUGCAGUCUUUCCAAACAGACCUUCUCAGAAUGUAUGGAAGUGGGGCAAGCAAAAGGCCAGUAAUGAUUAUAUGUAAUGGCUCCCUUGUGCUUAUGCACUCCGUAUCCAUUACAUUCUGCAGAACAGGUCUGGAGGAUUUACUGCAGAAAUACUUCCUGUUGAUCACAGGACAUCAUCCUUCAGAUACAUUUGACCUCCCCAUUCUUCACAGAUGUUUAACCCUACAUCGCCCCUCGAGUAGGGUUUACGUUUAAGGUCCUUGGGGUCAGAUAGACCCUAAACUUUUACAGAGUGAUUGCAUAAGGAAAUAUACAUUUUUUAUAUGACAAACUAUAUAUCAUUUUUUUAAUUUACUUCUCAACUAUACAUUUAUGCUGCGUUUUUGUGGAUAUUUGAUAGUUUUUUACCUAUUUACUGCACAAUUAUUCAACUACGCCAUAAAUUGGCUUAUGAAAAAUUUAUUUUUUAUUAAAAAAAUCACUUAAAUUAUGACCUAAAUUAAAAAUAAAUGGUUUCUAGAUAUUGGCCCAUGUGUUAGGGAUAGAAUACUGCCAUCUGCAGGUUAGAAUAAAAACUUUAGGAAUUACAGUUAAAGAAAGAAAGUGCAAUGACCACAUAUAUCCAGCAGAGGUCCAUAGGGACUCAUUCAUUUUCAGUUCGGUUUCAAGUCAAUUUUUCUUCAUGUUUCAGCUUCUCCUUGCAACUUUAUGAUAUAUAUUUUGUGAAAAUAUAUUUAAAAAAAUCCAUAUUUUUGUCAAAGGUUAGAAUUUGUUGUUAUUGUCUGGUGUCUUUUGAAUGGUCUGCUUUAGCAAAUUGUUACAUAAAUUUGCAGAAAUGUCUCUCUCUCUCUGUGUGUGUGUGUGUGUGUGU